AUGAGUUUAGCAUCUGACCGAGACACCGUCAUUGUAGUGGGUGAUUAUAAUCUUCCACUUCUUCAUUGGACGCAUGACCAUGAAACAGAUAGUUUUCUGCCGACGAACCCCUCAUCAGAAAUUGAAAUCGCACUCACCGAAACGUUACUUUCCGCUGGGUUGCACCAGGUCUUUAGCAUACCUAACAACAGUUUGCGCUUUAUAGACCUUGCGUUUUCAAAUUCCCGAAAUCUGGACGUUUUCGAGCCAGCUGUCCCGAUUUUGCCUACGGACCGUCAUCAUAAGGCAUACAUUCUAUGCCUAGAUAUCAACCAAGUGGAUAGUCCCCACGAAGAACCCGUUGGAGAGUUUGAUUUUGAUUUUGGUAGAUGCGAUUAUGUUUCGGUUGCUGCUGCGUUAGUUUCGACAGAUUGGGAAUCUCUGCAGGCUGCCAUAAACGUGGAAUUCGCUCUUAAUUUAUUUUACGUAAAACUAUAUUCUGUUUUAAAACAAAUUGUACCUUUAAAACGUACAAAUCGUUCCAAAACUACUAAGAACGCAUGGUGGAACUCCGAUUUAAGGCGACUAAGGAACCAGCUACGUAAAGUUCGCAAAAGCUUCAACAAGAACCGCACAGAAGCUCUUAGAUGUCACUUGAGGCACUUGGAAAAUGAAUUCAAACAUCUAAACGACCUUCUCUACCGACAACAUAUAUCUCGACUCGAAGAAAACCUUAAACGGGAUCCAUCAUCAUUUUGGGAGCAUUUUAAGGGUAGAAAACAUAACGUCCCCGUACCCGUAGAUGUAAGCUUCAAUGGUGUCACUGCCUCCAAUCAAGCCGAGUCGGUCAAUUUGUUCGCGGACUUUUUCCAAAAUGUGUACUGUUCUGUUGAUAUUGAUGCAGACUGCAACUACCUUGCAUCGUUGCAAUCUUACGUUGUAAAUUUGCCUUAA